CCCCCCAAAAUACGUGCAAGUUACCUAAAUACCCUAAUAUUAGGGAAUCCAAUCCAAGAACCAUUGUUAUCCUGGAUUCCUGCCUCUCCAUCAUCCUUGAGAAGAGCACAAAAAUGGCAGGGAGAGUCCACACCUUACAAUACAGCCUCCUAAAUCUCUCUUCCAUCAAUCCCAAGCUCAAUUUCCUCAACAAGACUUCGUUUAUCCGAUCAAACCCACUUUUUGGAUCUUCCAAGACAUCCUUAUUCUGUAGCUGUUCUUCCGCUAAUUCUCAGAAUGAAACUUUUGUCCUCACUACACCACUUUAUUAUGUCAAUGCCCCUCCUCAUAUGGGUAGUGCUUAUACCACCAUUGCUGCCGAUGCCAUUGCUCGCUUUCAGAGGUUAAUGGAAAAGAAAGUCAUAUUUGUGACUGGCACGGAUGAGCAUGGGGAGAAAAUUGCUACUGCAGCAGCUGCAGUUGGUUCCAGCCCCAGUGAGCAUUGUGAUACCAUCUCGCAAGCAUAUAGAACUUUGUGGGAAGAGCUUGAUAUUGCUUAUGACAAGUUCAUCCGUACGACUGAUCCUAAACAUGAAGCAGUGGUUAACGAGUUUUACUCUAGAGUUCAAGCCAAUGGUGAUAUUUACCGGGCUGACUACGAGGGUCUUUAUUGUGUCAAUUGCGAAGAAUAUAAGGAUGUCAAAGAAUUGAAUGAGAAUAACUGUUGCCCAGUUCAUCUUAAGCCAUGUAUAUCUAGGAAAGAAGAGAAUUACUUCUUUGCUUUAUCAAAAUACCAAAAAGAAUUGGAAGAUCUCCUGGAGAAGAAUCCUGAUUUCGUGCAGCCUUCUAGUCGAUUAAAUGAGGUCCAAGGCUGGGUAAAAACCGGGUUGAAAGAUUUCUCAAUUUCCAGAGCAGCUGUUGACUGGGGUAUACGUGUUCCUGGUGAUGAUAAGCAAACAAUUUAUGUUUGGUUUGAUGCAUUACUAGGGUACAUUUCAGCAUUAUUGGAGAACAAUGAGCGACCUAGUUUACAAAGUGCAGUUGCUUCUGGCUGGCCUGCUUCACUCCACUUAAUCGGCAAGGAUAUUUUACGCUUUCACGCAGUUUAUUGGCCAGCUAUGCUGAUGUCAGGCGGGAUAAAACUCCCAAAAAUGGUUUUUGGCCAUGGUUUUUUGACCAAGGAUGGCAUGAAAAUGGGGAAGUCUUUAGGCAAUACUAUCGAGCCAAAUGAGUUGGUGCAGAAGUUUGGAGCUGAUGCAGUACGAUAUUUCUUUCUAAGGGAAGUUGAAUUCGGAAUUGAUGGGGAUUACUCGGAGGAUCGGUUCAUCAAUAUUGUUAAUGCACAUCUUGCCAACACAAUUGGAAACCUUCUCAACCGCACACUUGGGCUUCUCAAAAAGAACUGCCAGUCAACAUUAGUUGUUGAUUCUGUUGUUGCUGGUGAAGGGAACACAUUCAAGAUCAAUGUGGAAAAUCUGGUACAGAAGGCUAGUGCACAAUAUCAAAAUCUUUCAUUGUCAUCUGCCUGUGAGGCUGUUCUUGAAAUUGGGAAUGCUGGCAAUGUUUAUAUGGACAAGCGUGCACCAUGGUCUCUUUUCAAGCAAGGGGACACAGCUGCAGAAGCUGCUGCCAAGGAUCUUGUCGUCAUAUUGGAAGCCAUGCGAAUCAUUGCCAUUGCAUUAAUGCCAGUCACGCCGAGCUUAUGUUGGAGAAUAUACUCUCAGCUUGGUUUCUCAGAAGAAGAAUUCAAUGCACUUACUUGGGAUGAUACAAAAUGGGGCGGUCUGAAGGCUGGACGCAUCAUGCCAGAAGCGAAACCCAUCUUUGCUAGGAUUGAACUUGUAAGUGAUGCAGAUAAGCUCGAGGUUCCGACUUCCAAGAAGAAAGCCAAGAAAACUGCUAAAGCUCAAAGUGCUUAGAUGACUUGUACAUUUAUAUGUUACUAGUAUUUUUUCUCAAUUAUAACCUUGGAUUGAGAGGAAAUUUUGUCUGUUGUUUUUCCACAAAAUGGUUCAUUGCCCUAAGGUUCUAGAUCUUUUAAUAUGAAGCCUUUCCUUUCAACUUUCAAAUUUCAA